AUGGAGAGCUUUAAAUUUGCUUUCAUUUUGAAGCUUAUGUUAAAGUUGUUUGGUAUCAUAAACGAACUUUCAAAAAUCUUGCAACAAAAAGAUCUUAAUAUUGUGCUUGCCAUGGAAUUAGUUGAUGUUGUCAAAGCUCGGUUGAACACAUUGAGAGAGAGUGGUUGGGAUAAUUUCUUUGUUGAUGUCCAAGAAUUUUGUGGUGAUAAAGGUAUUCCGGUGCCAAAUAUGGAUGAAGAAAUACCAGUUCGGGGUCGUUCAAGGAAAGAAGGGAAGACUAUCACUAAUCUUCACCAUUACCGUGCAGAGAUUUUCUAUGUUGCUAUUGACAAAAUAUGUGUGAAGAUGGAUCACCGCUUUAGUGAAAGAACUAACAUUGUGCUUGAUUGCUUCUCAUGUCUUGACCCCAAGAACUCUUUAUCCAAGUUUAAUGUGGAUAAGCUUGCUCAUCUUGCUGAUAUUUAUCAUACGGACUUUUCUGAUGAUGACUGUGGAACAAUAAAGGAACAACUUGCCACUUUUAUACUUCAAGUGAAAAGACAUGCUUCCUUUUCUGCUUGUGAUGAUGUUGCAAGUUUGGCUAUGAAGAUGGUUCAAACUGAGAAACAUUUGUUAUUUUCAUUGAUCUACAAACUUAUUGAGUUGGCUUUGAUAUUGCUAGUAUCCACAACAUCUGUUGAAAGAGAUUUUUCAGCAAUGAAGAUUAUCAAGUCUAAAUUGCGCAACACGAUCAACAAUGAGUGGUUCAGUGACUUGAUGAUAUGUUACACCGAGUGGUGGAUAUUCAAGUCAAUUAGUGAUUUUAAUAUUCUUCAAACAUUUACCGCAAAGAAGACUCGGAGAUGUCAUUUGCCUUGUGGUUUUCUACCAACUUAG